CCCGGUAGACCCGCUCCUUUUAUCUACUGUCAUCCUAAUCAAUCCCCUUUUUCUUUCAUUUAUUACAUUCUACUUUUUCUCUCCUUUCUUCUUUAUCUCUAGGGUUCAGAUUCUGCCAUUCACCGGCAAAAUGACGUCUUCUGUCAAGAACAACUUAUUGCCGCCGGGCCUCGUCAAUAACCUUCAGGAAGUUCUUCAGAGUAAAAAAAGGAAUACUGUGCAAGGUGAAGGGGACAACUCCAAUGGAGAAUCCGACGAGAAUGCUGCCCAGGAAAUCGACAGCUCCAAGCCUGUUGUUUUGGUCACCAAUGGUGAUGGGAUUGACUCCCCUGGCCUUGUGCAUCUCGUUGAAGCCUUGGUCCGUGAAGCCCUCUAUAAUGUCCAUGUUUGCGCUCCUCAAUCGGAUAAAUCUGUUUCUGGUCAUUCUGUGACACAUCAAGAAACAAUUACUGUGACUUCAGCAGAAAUUAGUGGCGCUACAGCUUUUGAAGUUUCAGGUACUCCUGUGGAUUGUGUCUCAUUAGCAUUAUCUGGGGCACUGUCCUCAUUGGCAAAGCCUGUGCUGGUAAUUAGUGGAAUUAAUCGGGGAUCAAGCUGUGGACAUCACAUGUUUUACUCAGGUGUUGUUGCUGGAGCAAGGGAGGCAUUAAUUUCUGGUGUACCAUCUUUGUCUAUAUCUCUGAACUGGAAAAAGGAAGAAAGCAAAGAAAAUGAUUUUAUAGAUGCAGUUGCUGUUUGUUUGCCUUUAAUAAAUGCAGCAAUAAGAGAUAUAGAAAAGGGAGUUUUCCCGAAAAGUUGCUCUCUGCAUAUAGAAAUUCCUACAUUUCCUUCAACAAACAAGGGUUUUAAAUUAACCAAGCAAAGUAUGUGGAGAUCUACUUUGAACUGGCAAGCUGUUUCAGCUAAUCGGCAUCCUUCUGCUGGACAUUUCAUGUCUAAUCAACAAAGUCUUGGCAUCCAGCUUGCACAGCUUAGCCGAGAUGCAUCUGCUGCUGGUGCUGCUCGCCGAUUGUCUACGCAGAAGAAAAGUGUUGUGGAGAUAGAAACAGUUGGGGCUGCUGGAAAAUCUGAUAACAACCAGGUGAAAAAGUAUUUUCGACUGGAGUUUUUAGAUAAGGAACAGACAGAUACAGAUGAAGAUCUGGAUUUCAGGGCCCUGGAAAAUGGAUUUAUUGCUGUAACUCCCCUGUCACUUUCUCCUGAUACGGAAUCUGACAUCCAAGCGGCUGCAUCAGAUUGGAUUGCUGGAGCACUUUCUGGGGAGCAAUAAGACCUCCAGAUCAACAUAGAUUGAAAUCAGUGACUUUGAAUACAGCUGAAGGAGCGAUAAUAUUAUCAUUAAUUGAUCUGUUACAUAUUUUUUUUUUCCUUGUUUUGCGUUUUCCCUGUUGAUUUUUUAAAGGGUUUCCAACUCUGUUAAGUUGGGGUGUCUAGGUGUUGAUACAAAUAUAAUUGGAAAUGGCCAGGUCUGAAUUAUAUGACCCUGUGCCUUCCUCAACAUGUAUUCUUCUUCCUUUUACAUAUCCUUUUUGUUUGGAUUUGUAUGUAAUGGUCUCUCUUUGUUUUGUAUGUAAUGGUCUCUCUUUGUUUAUUAGAUGUCCUUUACUUUUUAAUCUUUGGUUCUUGACCAUUUUGGGGUGAGGGGAGAUUACUAGUCUUAUGUUGGCACAUGUUGUUAGUCUUCG